GGUCAAUUCCUCAAUUUUUCCCAUCAUGCUAGCGCUCUUUUUCCGACUCACUCUGCCACUUUACACUCGUCCAAGAAAUCUUUACCCUUCUGUAUUCUCUUAUAUGCCUCCAAAACGCGCCAGCUCAUCGAAGCGAAAGGCCAUCUCAGAUUCUGAAGACGAAGAUAACACAGCCGACGCGUCUUUCACUAAAACUUCGUCGUCAAAGAAGAAGGCGAAGGUCUCACCUAGUACCAGCGAAAACGUCGUAUCUAGUAGUGGGCAACCAACGAACAAGGUGUUACCAGUGCAUAUAUCCUUUCCUGAACGCCACACAGGGACUCUCCGACUGGCUGCCUUCAACGUAUGUGGACUAGCUGCGAGCCAGAAGAAGGGGUUCAGCUUCUACGUUGCAGCUGAGGAUCCGGAUAUCCUCGUCUUGACUGAAACGAAGGUCAACAACGAGCCUGUGGAUUUAGCACUGAAGAACAGAUUUCCACACUGUUACUGGUCGAUAGCAGAGAAGAAGGGAUACUCUGGGACCGCUAUCCUGUCAAAGCAUCAGCCUCUAUCUGUAGACUACUCUCUUCCUGGACAUCCAGACGCAUCGUCAGUUAAAGGUCGCAUUAUCACGCUCGAGUUUGAGAAUCACUAUGUGAUAGGGACGUACGUUCCUAAUGCAGGAACUGAACUGAAGAAUCUCAACGAGAAGAACGAAUGGAAUCUCCAUUUCACAAAGUACAUUCGGGACCUUGACAAAGUGAAGCCAGUGAUUUGGACAGGUGAUUUAAACGUCGCGCCAACUGAGAUUGAUCUUUGCAAUGCAAAGAGGAACUGGAACAAGACGCCAGGAUAUACCGAAGCAGAAACAACUGCGUACAGGAACAUCUUGAAUCCACCUGAAUCCCAAGCAGAUGUGCCCAAAUUUGUGGAUGUAUGGCGGAAGCUUCAUCCAGAAGACAAACAUUUCACAUAUUUUUCGUAUCGCUUCAACUGCAGACAGAAGGGUAUAGGUUGGCGAUUAGACAUGUUCGUGCUAAGCGAGCGAUUGAUAGAUCGAGUCAAAAUGUGCGAGAUUCGUAGUGAAAUUUACGGCGCGUCCGAUCAUUGCCCAUUGACGAUGGAGAUAGAGGGACCAUUAUAAUAUCACCAUCGAAACUGUAAUGAUACAAGAUGAACGUUUUCCGUUCGUUCCAUUGGUUUAAUAUUCGCCAAAACGUGUAUGCCCUGUUUGCUCAGCAUGUGCUCGCGCGCCCUUCUCUCCUUUGAGUCCUUGCCCACAAACCUAAUGUAUUAUGAACAAUCUUGUUAAGGACAUAUAAUCAUGAGUAAACGUACUUCACACUUCAAAUCAAAUGU